UAUAUAACCCCCCCAAAAGUCACCUUUAGGCAGCACCGUACUCGCCCCUCAUGGCAAUUCGUCAGACCCCGUCGCCGCCUGCCGUCGCACAAUCGCCAUCAGCGUCGCUCAGCAAUCGCCGGCCGUCGGGGCGACACACUGUCGCGUCGUUGGCAGUCGACAAGGCCGCCGCCUCGCGCGUCACCCAGUCCUUGGCGUCCGCCCGUCCCGCGCUUCUCUUCGUGCUCGCCUCCAUCAUCGGUGCGCUGCUGCUGCUCCCUUCCGACCCCCGCAGGGGCGCGCUCCUCUUUGCGCCGCGAAUUACCGCCGCGGAGGACGCUCCGCACGAGGCGCAACUCGCGGCGGCGUUGGCGGAGCUGAGGCGGGCGCGCGGGGAGGGGCAGGCGGAAGAGGUGGUGGCGGCGCAGGAAGUGGUGCUGGCCCGGCAGCAGGCGCUGCUGCGGCGGUACCGACAGCAGCUGACGCGAAUUUCCGGGCAGCGGGGGGAAGCUCUGGCGGGUCAAAUACAGGAGGAAGGCGCGGGCGUGGGAGUUGGAGAAAGGGGGAAGGCGGAGGUGGGGGGGGGAGAGUUCGUGGGGACUCGGCAUGAGGGGUGCGGGGGAGGGGAGUGGGCCCCACGGGAGCCGGCGGUUGCGGAGGCGGAGCGGCUGGAGUGGCGGCCGCAGGAGGGCGCGUAUCUGCUAGCGGCGUGCGUGUACGGGCGGGUGACGAACCGCCUGCUGUGUCUGCGCAACUACGUGCUGGCCGCCACGCUGCUCCGCCGCACGCUCAUCGUGCCGUCCGCCGACCUCUACCGCCCGUCGCGCCGCUGGAACUCGCCGCUGGAGGCGCCGCUGGACCUGGGGGUGGUGUUCAACGCGUCGCACCUCAACGCGUGCGUGGGUCGCCCCGUCGCCAUGUCGCUCGACGACCACCUGCGUGCCAGCAACGCCUCGCGCCUCGUGGUGGACCGCUUCGUCUGCUGGGCCGACCGCUGCGCCUUCCACCGCGGCCGCCCCUCCCACCCCGCCAUCCGCUUCGCCUCGCGGCGCCAGGCGGGGCUGGAGGCUAACGUGACGCGGCGCACGUUCGUGGACGCGUACGGCAGCGCGGGGGGCCGCGUGCUGUGCCUGGGCGACAUCUAUGAGUCGCACGCGCGCUUCCUUGACCCCCCCCCGGGCUUUACCUCCAGCCUCGCCAUCGGCUGGGCCAUGCCCCCCCAUGCCCCGCCCCCUGACCUGCAAGCAGGGGGAGGGCUGGCGGGCGGAGGGGGCGUGCAGGCAGAGGUGGCGGCGAUGGGCGUGGAGCGGCGGUGCCGGUCGCUGCUGUGGCCGUGCGACGCCGUGGUGCAGGCGGCAGAGGGGUUCGUGAGGGAGGUGAGCGGCACGCAGUUCGCGGCGCUGCACCUGCGGCGGGACGACAUGUACCGGCACUGUGUGGGGCAGGGCAAGUGCAAGUACUGGGCACAGCGGCAGGCGGGCGAGUGCGUGCGCCACAAGCUGCUGGGGGGCGUGCUGGACUCCGUGCUCGCGGAGCAGGCACGGCAGCACGCACACGCAGCUUGGGCGGGACAAGGCUCUGCCUCCGUCUUCCCCGGGCGGCCGCUGCUGUUCCUUGCAUCCGACACGCCAGAUGAGGACCUCGCUGUCUUCCUCUCCGCACUGCAGGGCGUGCCGCUGCAGCCGGAGGCCAACACCACCAGCGCGACCACCACCACCGCCGCCACCACUGCCGGCAUCAGCACCCCCACAGCAGCCUCCCUGCCAGGCCUGGAUGCACCCGAGUCAGUGCUGGUGGUUCGGCUGCCGAGGCUGGAGGGCAAGAUGUGGGCGGAGCGGCUGAACCGCGAGGGGCUGGCAGCACAGGCAGCAGCGGUGGCGGCGGUGGAAAAGGUGGUGUGCGCCAUGAGCCGGCUGUUCCUGGGCACGCCCGGCUCCACCUUCUCCCACCACAUCAUGCACCUUCGACUGGCUCUGCGCACCGCCUCGUGCCAUGACGGCGGCUUCUGCAGAGGCCUCAUGGACCCCGAGCUCCACUGACCACCACGCCAUGCUGCCAUGAGGCCAUGCUGCCAUGCUGCCAUGCUGCCAUGAGGCCAUGCUGCCAUGCUGCCAUAAGGCCAUGCUGCCAUGCUGCCAUGCUGCCAUGAGGCCAUGCUGCCAUGCUGGCAUGCUGCCAUGCUGCCAUGCUGCCGAGCUGCCAUGAGGCCAUGCUGCCCUGCUGCCAUGCUCACAGGAACCAGGGUCUGCUGAUGCCAUGGCUUAGGGCGUAUUCCUACAGCAAGGUGUUCAGUACCAGCAAACCCAAAGUCGAGUCUGAAACGCGGUACAGUAAGGUCCGAGUGUCGAAACGCGAAAUCCUAUGCGGUUCAAUUUGGUUGUUCGCGAAGUUUGGUUUCCUGGUACUGAACGGGCGAAGUAGGUAUACGCCCUUAGCCAUCAACCUGUAAUUUGAUUGUGCCAUGGCUUAGGUAGGAACCA